UUCUCUCUCACUAGGGAAUGCCGCAAAGGCGAAAAGACCAAUUUGGGAAUCACGAAGGUUGCUGCUCUCCUUUCACCCGUAAAAACAAAAGGUGCUCCCUUCCAUCAACGGUCUAGAUCUAUUUUCCACAUCACACGUGUGUGUCAAUAACAAGGGCAACCAUGAAUUAUGCUUCCUUCAGGCUCAUCCUGUCUCCAACCGUUUACCGAGAAACGAUCGAGUGCGAUUCAGACACCGGACCGAAUAUCUCAUUGCUUUCUCCCUCUUAAGGCCGUGUGCCUUCGCCGGAAACUUCAGAAUAUGGGUGCAUGAGAAAGACCUUCCGUUUACGUUUCUUUGGAUGGAAUAGAUGAUGGUCAGAUCGUUGAAUUUCAACGUGUAAUCGCUUGUUCGCAAUUCUUCGGUUCGGUUAUAGGCGUUUAUGUGCGAUGGAUAUCUCUUACAUGAAAAUUUCUGUUCGCAAAAUCCCUAUGAUUGACAGAUAGCGGAGUACUACAUGUGUUUUCUGUCUCUUGUUUCCAAUGUAAGCUUUCGUGAUCGUAAAUUCUUACCAUUGCCUCCGGCUAUUGUUUAUUCUCCAUUUUUUCUGUUCCGUUGUUGAGCUCGAAGACGUGAAUCUUGUUACUGUACAUGAAGAGGCUUUCUGCAGAGUCUAGAUGCAGGAGUGGUUACAGCUUUGGAGUUCCCGUGGACAGUGCUAGACAGUAAUAGUACCGCCUGGAAAGAAGUCGCCGUGGAUUGAGGAAUAUAUAUCCCGUGAAGUAGAAACAGAUGUGCAUACAGGCAUGCACGGAUAUGGUAGAUAUUAAUGACUCCCGGAGUUACUUUAUAAUUCGUAAGAAGGAUUCAGGUUUAGAUUUUUAGUUUUUUCACUUGUCUUAGAUUUAAAUUUGGAAGGUUUUAUGAAAGGUUAUUUGUCAUUGUUUAUUAAGAUCAGUUUUAAGGAGAAGAAAUUCCUUCUCAAAUUAUUGUGUUUCCCCAUUUGACCUGUCUAUGUCGCAAUUCUGUCUCACCUGCUUUACUACGUGAAUUCCAAUAUUUUUUGCUGCAGUCUUACCAAAGCCAGGGAUUUUGGACCGUAAAGGGCACUGGACAUUUCAAUGACAGAGAGACCGCAUUUGAUAAUCCUUCUAAAAUUGAAUCAAAGCGAACUCAUCGAUGGUUUAUUGAUGCUGCUGAAGUAGAUUUUUUUCCUAACAAGAAACAAGUAGUCGAAGAUGAAAAUGGAAAAUCAGGUUAGGGAAUUUCUAGUAUAAAUUUUUCUCACUGGGAGAACAAUCCUAAUUUUAAUUCAGUUCCUAAUAACCAAUUUAUCGGCCGACUGUUUGGGUCGGAAUCUAAGCCUGUCAAUUUUGAGGAAAAGGAUAGUUCUUACGUUGCGGAUGAUAAUUCUAAUGUGACGACGAAUAUGAUGAUCAGUCAAUACAGAGAAGAUGCACCUGAAGAAACUGAAGCACUUCUAAGUUUUGAGGGAAUUAAAAAAGUCAAAGUUAAUCAAGUUAAGGAUUCUGAUAGUGUACAAGCUGAAGCCAGGCAUAAUUUGAUCAGGCAGAAUAUCAGCGAUCGUCAUCAGGCUUAUAAUGGUGAACCUGAGAUAGGCUAUAUGUCGUCAAUAGGGCAAGCUCUUGAUAAAGGUAGAAAUGUCACUCUCAUGGAACUUCCUCCAACAGGGCGGAUGCCUGUGUCAUAUCAUUGGCUGAGGCCGAUGAUAAAGGUACUGCCGUAUCGGUUGGUGAUUCCUAUAAUAAAGAGGACACUUACGAUAUCUUUUUGUGGGUUCCCAGAUGGACAGGAUAUUAUCCCUGUGAACAGGCCUUCUGGGGACUUUGGUCCCUUAUACAAUCUAUCUUCGGUUCAAGUAUCAACAGCAGCUAAUGAGAAAGAGUUGAAUGCAUCAAAUUCCAAUGCAACUGUAAGUAUUCCCGGGGUAGAUAAACUAAAGGCUGAACCCGUAUCCAAGAAUAAACCAGAGCUCAAAGCAGCGAAGAAAGAAGCCCCAAAUAGUUUCCCUUCUAAUGUCAGAAGCUUGAUAUCCACUGGUAUGCUUGACGGUGUUCCUGUAAAGUAUGUCUCGGUUUCCCGGGUGGAACUUGGGGGAAUUAUAAAAGGUUCUGGCUAUCUUUGUGGAUGCCAGUCAUGUAAUUAUUCCAAGGUUCUGAACGCUUACGAGUUUGAGAGACACGCUGGUUGCAAAACAAAACAUCCAAACAAUCACAUUUAUUUUGAGAACGGGAAGACCAUCUACCAGAUUGUACAAGAGCUGAGGAGUACCCCUGAAAGUUUGUUGUUUGAUACAAUCCAAACAGUUUUCGGUUCGCCGAUUAAUCAGAAAGCAUUCCGCAAUUGGAAAGAAUCUUUUCAAGCAGCCGCACGUGAGCUUCAACGUAUUUAUGGAAAGGAAGAACUGAAUAUAUGAGUCACAAGGCCUGGAAGAAAUAAUAUUAUGAUUAAACUUUAUAUUGUGCGCAGGAAGUUAUAUCAAGUGGGAGAAAAUGCAAAUAAGCACUUAUUUUUCCCCACCUGUUCUGGUGCGUCAACCCAAUUGCAUACUGUAUACGGCCUAUUUCAAUAGAUGGGAGGCCACUUGUUAGAAGAGCAAGACGUACUGACUUAUUUUUGGGUUGCUGGUUCGGAUUCAUCUCGAAAACUUCCCGUUAUCAUGGGCCCGUGCAGUUCCCUUCUCAGUUGAAUAUCGCCGGUGGCAUCAUCCUGAUAAAAUGCUUCUGGUGUCACCUAGCUAUCACUAUUUCUGUUGGUGGGUGAUUGCGUGAGUAAACCAAUGGAUGAUAAAUGAAGCGCGUUUUCUUCCUUUUAAGUCUAAACUCAGUUUGGCCCACAACGAAAAGUCUAAAUUCAAAUUUCCGGGCUUUUAUAAUUUCAUUAUGCAGUAUAUUUUGCCCAAGGAGAGCGUAUGCAUAUAACGCGGGCAGAUUUAAAUAAUAGAAACUUAAAUAUUAUCAUGAUUGA